CUUUAUUUCCCAGUGUGCAGGAUGUGCGGACAACAGUCUGAUUUCACAAAACAACAUCAACCAAAUCGACUUUAAUAUCAGUAAAAUGAUAUGAAAACGCAACGUAAAGAGUUAAAUCAUUAAAACAUUUAAAUGUCCACAUUUGAUCCCUCCCUCCUGUUGGCCAAUAGUGACGUCACUGGCGUGCACGGGGGCGCGCUGCAGCAGGUGAGUGCGCGGAGUCGCCUCCUCGGUGCCGGAGACGCAGCGGCGGAGUCAUGGGGAAGCUCCAGGAAUUUGACAUCACGUUCAGCAGCAACAAGGUGGUGUACGGCCCCGGAGAGUCCAUCAGCGGCACCGUGAAGAUACGGACCAGCAACCCGCUGCAGUACAAAGCCAUCAAGGUGAACUGUCAGGGCUCAUGUGGGAUCUCCAACAAAAUGAAUGAAGCAUCUUGGAGCCUGGAGGAGCAGUACUUCAACAGCACACUGUCUAUCGCUGACAAAGGGACUCUGGCGGCAGGCGAACACAGUUUCCAGUUCCAGUUUCUCAUUCCAGUCGCUGCCCCGACUUCCUUCGAGGGACCAUUUGGGAAGAUUGCUUACCGUGUGCGAGCCGCCAUCGACACACCCCGCUUCUCUAAGGACUACAAAGCCCAGAGGCCCUUCUACCUGCUCAACCUGCUGAACCUCAAUGAGGUGCCCAACAUUGAAAAAUUGAGCUACGCUGUGACCACAAAGAAAUUCAGCUAUCUCCUGGUGAAGACGGGGACCCUGAUGCUGAAAGCGCGCAGUGACAUGAGGGGCUACAUCCCUGGGCAGGUCAUCAAGUUAGCAACUGAAAUCCACAAUAAGUCUGGGAAGGACACGGGAUGUGUACUGGCCAGUCUCAUACAGAAAGUGACCUAUAGGACCAAGAGGCCUUUGUUUGACCUGCGGACCAUCGCAGAGGUGGAGGGAGCCGGAGUGAAGGCAGGAAAACACGCUGAGUGGAGGGAGCAGAUCAUCGUCCCUCCUCUUCCUCAGUCAGUCCUCGCAGGCUGCAGCCUCAUAGACGUCGACUAUUUCAUACAGGUGUCGCUGAAGUCUCCGGACGCAGUCGUCACUCUGCCCAUCUACAUCGGCAACAUCGCUGUGAACUUAUCUCCAUCGAGGACCAUCCCCUCCAGUCCGGACCACUGCUGCGGCACCAUCGCACCCAGCGCCGCCGGGGUCACGCCCAGUGCCCCACCGGCGGAGGAGGAGCCAGAGGAGGGAUUGUGUGCAGGGGGCAUGGCAAGCGAGGAGAUCCCGACCAAGAGUCACUCUCAGCAGGAUCCCUCGGGUCAGCCGGUCACUAUGUCGCCCAGCGCCUUCAGCCACGCACCAGGUGCAGCGCUGCCUCCCGGCCACAGACGACCCAACACGUCUGCUCCACUGUUCUGCCUGUCCACCGGGGCCACCAUACCUUUCUUCACAGAGGGAGACGUGACUCCUGUACCCACUUCCUGUUCGCUCAUUCUCCCUCCAGAGUACAGCAGCUGGGACUACCCUCAUGAGCCUCCACCCACUUACGAGGAAAGCUGCUGUAGCGCCAACUCCAACUUCAACAGCCGACAGUAGGAGAAGCAGGCGACGAAGCCUCGUGACCACGCCCACCACCACCUGUCUGCACUCGCCUGUCGACCAAUCAGAACCAUCAGACACUGAAAGAGGAUGGACGGUAGACCCCCCCCACCCCCUUCUCCAACACCCCAAAGAUUUUUUUUAUCCUUCUUUUUCCUCUAAUAAUUAAAAAAGGGAUCAUAUCUUGUAUUGAAUAUAAGAAUUUUAAUUUCCCCUCAUGUCCCUGCAGGUUGUGUCAUGUGACUUUUCACUGUGCCUAAAAGACAGAUUUUGGAUUGUCGCGCAGCAUUCAGUGGUUGGACACGUUUCUCCUUUUUACUUGGUCAUCAGUGAAUCAUUGCAUCUGUGAUGCCUUGAAAAUGAUUGGGGCCUUUUUCUGUUUGUGUUGUCGUUCUAGUCGUGCACUUGUUACUGUUGCCCGCUGCUCGUCCAUGUGUGUGCUCAUCUUGAGCGAGGCAGAGGUGUCUUCAUGCUGGAUGUCAAGAGGAGAGCUCACAGCCACAGCUCCUGGUCUGUGUGUAAAACUAUCCAAACUCCCACGUGUUGCACCUUUUUAAACCAUCACAGCAUCUUUCAAAUCCUGCACACAAGAAAAAUAAUAAUAACCUCUCAGUUGUGUAACUUUAAACACAGGUGGCGGUAAAAAUAUUCAAAAUACUUCUAUUUAAUUGCUUUAUUGACAUGAAUGCAUGAAUGAAUAAAUUAUUCAAUAUAUACUGUAUGUUGAGAAAAUUCAACACACAGAAGAGCAUGUUCACUGUAAUUUAUUUGGAAGUAAUAAAUAACUUAAAGAUAUAGAUUAUUAAUUUUAUUAUUAUCAUCAUUGUGAUAAUACGUCAAUGUGCUGUCACCCUGUGUUGAAUCAUACAACUGAGAGGUUUUGCUUUGAGACCAGUUUUGUAUUCUGGAGACAGUUUAUCUGCGGAUGAGGCUGAUUUUUCUGCAGCUGGACUCAGGACUGCAGCACAGAUGCAGUGUUCCUCUGCUCUCUUGUGGCCACAGCUGGUAAAAGCUUUCCUCUCAACUUGCUCUUGCAGCCGGAGUGAUGAGCCAUGCAGACUGAAACGCUUAAUGGAGUCCCUGAGUCUUCAACGCAUCAUCUGAGGUCUGUUGUAUAAAUGUACAUUUUAGUUUCUUGCAACCGUCUGUUGAGCAGAGUUGGAAAAUGGAGGUUUGAGAUACAGAAUAUUUAGUUUUUAGAAGUGAUGUGGGUGUUCUGCAUCAUUGUUCCUGUUAGGCCACAGACUGUGAGUUGUUUCUCUCCUCUGUGUUGCCUUGACUUUCUUCUAGUGCAACAUCAAUGAGAAGAGAAUCCUCUGAGAUGAACAUGUGCACGACACUGCACUUUUUGAGUGUGUGUAUUUGUGUAUGUCUGUGAGUGUGUGAAUUAGCAUGUAUGUGUGUGAAAAUUAGCGUGUGUGUGUUUUCACAUGAUCUCAAAAGUCAUGUUUUUUACCUGCAUGAUUUCAGUUUAACAGCAACACAGUGUAACAGCGCCCUCUGCAGCCACACAUUGUGAUUCAUUCUUUGACUGAGUGUGUAGUCCCACUCACUGAACAGAGGAGCUGCCACUGAAACAAAACGACCGAACUCUGUUUAGAAUUCUUCAUAUUUAAAAUAUAAACGCGGUUUUUAAUGACUUCCAUGUUUUUUUAAACUGAUCCACAGUUCAGCUUUACUCUUCAACUUGCUGGACCUGAUUCUGACAAUUGAAGCUGUGACUAUCAGUCAGUUCCACACUUGAACCAUCAAACUAAUUUUAACAAAUCUGCUUUGUAUAGUGUUGCUUUAAUUCUCAGAGUAAAAGUGUAAUUUAAUGAUUUAAUGUUGUCACCAUUGUCCAAAUUUAUUAUUCAAGAAAAGUUUUUGUUUUGCACAUGUACAAUGUUUGAUCUCAUGUAAUCAACAACAGCUCAUUACUUCUGUUUUAUUUACCCACAUUUAUCUUAUUGUGUCUUUUAUUCAUGACGGAAGAUAUCCUUUUUUUUUUUUUUUUAAAAGGCGAAACCCAACACAUACUCGUGGUUGCUUUCCUGUGGGAAACUAAUGCCACUGAAAAUCUUAAGCACAAUUUAGACUGAAUGUUUGCGUGUCUGUUGGUGUGUUUGUCUUAUUCCACCAGUACGAUCUCAAGUUAAGAUUCAAACCUGUGAAAUAACAGCUCUGGUAUUUUUUCUCUCCUGACUCAAGAUCAUGUGCCCACAGGUUUUUUUAUGUAAAAUGUCCACAAACUGAUUUUACAAUAGUGUUCUGGCUCGACAUAAUUCUGAUUGCAUGCCUUAAACACUGUGGACGUUCAUCGCCCCCUACAGGAGCCUGUGACGCUCUCUCUGUGAACUGUGCUAAGUGCACUUGAUGUAAACAAAUGUAGCUUUUAAAAAAUGGUGACACUGGACCUUCAACUGGUUGAAUGUUUCAUUUUUACUAUUAUUAUUAUUAUUAUCGUUUUAGAAAAUUUGCAAUUCCUCUCAUCUCCAAGAACUCUGCAGCACCGGCCUGGUUCCCUGAAGUAUGAGUUCACGUUGCCUUUUUUUAAAAUCACUCCCAAUUCUGUUGACGUCUUCUUCACCAGAAGGUUCAGAAGCUUUACGGUGUGAAGCCCCAUUUAUUUUUCACUCUCUCUUGUCGUCACACACAUUGAUGAGUGGUGUCUGGUUUUGUAUUUUUCUACUUGUAAACUGUUUACAGGUGCAGUAUGCAGAUAAUAUAAUGUCAGCACCUUGAUCAGUAAAUGUAAUAUUUCAACUUACAGUGCAGAAUCAAAGUUGUACUGUACAGAAUAACAAUAAAAAAUAAUGAUAACA